AUGGCUUACCAUGCGAAAUUUAUCAAUAGCCAUGGUCAGAAACCUUCACUAACGCUAGUCACGCCUGUCAUGCUUUCCAUGAGCUUGGCAAAGAUAUACCCGUUACUGAUCAUUGCAGAUGCAGCUUUAGAUAACUUAAUGUGGAUAUGUGAGGAUCCUAACCUCCCGUUUUUAUAUGUGGUAUUGACUUAUCUUUCGUUGAGUUUGUACUCUUGGUCAUGGGAGUACCCAGUAGCAGGCUCUCAGAUGGCUAAUAUUAUUCUUCUGUGGUUGGAGCUCAGCAGUGGAGUUUUUUUAUUAUUUGCAGCCUCGUACUUCAUAAGUUCGGUUUAUUAUAAUAUCUCAACAUCAGAACCACCAACAGUUGAUGAUAUAAUACUUAAUUUAGAGUCGUUGUUAGACAAAUUAGAGACUUUACGAAAUGAGAUCAUGUUCAGGCGAUGGUUCAAGAAACCCAUAUCCAAAGUGAAAAUGUUACAGAUAUUUGUUAGAUUGGUACUGGUAUUAACGCCUGUCCAUUAUGUUCUUAUGAAAGUUAUUACUGUGCAUAAUUAUUCAAAGCUUCUUAUUCUCUUUGCGUUGUUUUAUCACUCAGAUUGGAUGCAAGUAGUCUUGCGACUAUGUUGGAGAUUGCUAAUUGUAAGAAGGUUUUAUUUCAGAGUGUUCAACUAUAUAUUUGGAGAUGAGUAUACGUUGCUGGGCAACAAUUCGAAAUUCGGUCUCAAGACAUUAAAUUUACAGCAUAUUAUGCAUUUAACUUCUAACUGUUAUUUACAAAUUCCACUACCCUUGAAUGCAGUAACUAAAAUGAAAGAGAAUCAUUUGUUAGAGAUAUUACUACUGCGAUACUUGAAUAAAAAUUCUAAGGCGCUAGAAAACGACGAUAAUAUCAUUAAAGAGUUUGAUUCAAAAACCACUGCUGACGUCGUUCCUAAAGAGAAUACUACUGAUGAGUCUGCAACGACCUCAUAUAAUUCCUCAAAAGUAAAAAUUAAGGAAAUUGUUGUAUUCGAGAAUCAAAGAAAAUGGAAGUAUAAAGGCUGGAUUUCUAAGAUGCUACCUUAUGAACGUCCUCAAUUUACGACGAAUUGUAAUAAUAAAUAUAAUGAUCCUGGAGCAUAUAUAACAGAGUCCCCUGAGCAGCUGGAUUUACAGGUACCCCCAGAUUGGUCCUGGAUUGAAAAGGAGUGGACUGUAUCGUCUUGGGUUUAUUCUGACACAGAUUGGAAUGUUACUGGUACGAUGGAUUCAUUAGAAGGAUACACCAGAUCAAGAAUUUGGAAGAGAAAGAUGUUCACUCUUUGA